UUCAAAACAUGUCUAAGGGAGAUGUUGCAGCUGCUCUCUGGAGAAGAUUGCAAGGCAAAGUUGCAAUAAUCACAGGCGGAUCCGCAGGCAUUGGAGAGGCCACUGUUCGGCUAUUUGCAAAUCAUGGAGCCAAAGUCAUCAUUGCAGACAUUGCAGACGACGCUGGUAUGAAAGUGGCCCAAUCACUUUCUCCCUGGGCAACAUAUAUCCACUGUGAUGUGAGCAAGGAGCAAGAUGUAAGCGCAGCCGUGGAUUUGGCCUUGGAAAAACACGGAAAAUUGGACAUUAUGUAUAAUAACGCAGGAGUUGUCGACAACCUAAAACUAAGCGUGGCAGAAAAUGAUAUGGUGGAUUUUGAGCGAGUGAUGAAUAUCAAUGUAAAAGGAGUAAUGCACGGCAUUAAGCACGCAGCCCGCGUUAUGAUCCCCAAUAGAAAAGGCAGUAUUAUCUCUACGGCUAGUAUUGCAGGAAUAGCAGGAGGAUUUACUCCUUACUCCUACGCUGCCUCCAAACAUGCCGUUAUUGGGCUGACUAAGAACGGUGCAGCAGAGCUGGGAAAAUGUGGAAUACGAGUGAAUUGUAUUUCUCCAGGUGCAAUUCCCACAAAUCUGGUAAUGAAUUUUAUGGGAGUGGCCCCUUCAGCAGAGGCAAAGGCCACGGUGGAGGCCGCCAUUCAGCUCGAGGCCCCGUUAAAGCAAGCCAGUCUUAAACCAGAGGAUAUUGCAAGGGCUGCUUUGUAUCUGGCCAGUGAGGAUUCCAAAUAUGUAAGUGGUCACAACAUGGUGGUUGACGGGGGGAUAACAGUUGUACUUGAUGAAAGUGCUGUGUUUGGAAAGUACUAAUGGGGAAUCUCUCAGAAAAAAAAUGUUAUCCUACAAUAACACUUGAGUGAGAGAGACGUUUCUUCCACUUAUCAGUCGAACUGAAUAAUUCUUAAGUCAACCCUUGAAUCAAGGAGUAUUAUGUAGUUAA